AUGCAGGCCAUCGCGAAGCUGACCAAUGGGGUCAUCGACAACUACUGUGUAGUAGCGUCUGAUGCGAUCGUCGUGGCCGAGUUUUUCCUCCUCCUCGAAGAAGAGGUCCGGUACUUCUGGUCGACGCGGCUCACCGGUGCCACCCUGCUCUUCUUCGCCAGCCGGUACAUCUCCCUCGUCUACGCCCUCUACACCUGUAUCGUGGUUCCGGAAGCUGCGGACGCACUCGACUUCUCGCGAUACGCCGUCUGGGCCGCAUUCUCUUCUCUGCGCACCCUUGCGCUGCUGAAGUUGCGUCUCGGACAGCGUGAAUGGUCGGGGCGGGCGAUCGCGCUGCUGGUGUUCCUCCUCUCCAUGGUCCCUUGCGGCAUCAGCUUCUCUGGCUACGCAUUCACGAAGCCGGCCGAGGUUGCGCCUGGAGUGUGCGCCGACGCGAUCACUUGGAGCGCUGAGCUGUCCAUGAACUGUAAGGGCGGAGAACUGGCGAUCGCAAGUCGGACGUGUCUCAUCGCGGCGGACCUCCUUGUCGUCUACAUGACCUGGUACACGCUCGUGUGGAGCGACGCCGCGCGGGGCCGCAUGAAGAGCAGAAGGCUGACGUUUUCCGGCGUCCUCGUUACCGACGGGGUGCUCUGCUUCCUCGCGCUGUGCGUCAUGAACAUCCUGCACGUAGCGUUGACCGUGUCCGCGAUCACCGACCCCUCCAGCGGGCAUAGUUACGUGACGGUGUUCACGCAGCCCAUCACGUCUAUCCUCGUCUCGCGUUUUCUGCUCCACCUCCAGCGCGCGAACGUCGAAGCGGAGCAGGACAGAGGGUCUUCAGAGUUGGACACCGGCGGCGCCCAAAUCUCCACAGUGCGCUUCGAGCGUGCUAUGGGCUCGAUAGGUUACGUGCCCGGAGGCGGGGCGGGCGGCGGAGAGCAUGAGCUUGACGGGCACAGAGGCGACGAGGAACGGUUCGACCAUAGGUGA